AUAUAUGUGCAACCUGACUGCGGUCUAUAUCGGUCGAUUCUAAGGACAUUGUCCAGUCUCUGAACUCCCCCGCGAAACGGUCAGUAAUGUCGCGACCGUACUCAACGAACGACCACAACAUUUACUUUUCUCGAUCUUCCACGACUAGCAAAACGGCCGAUCCAGCACGAGUUUCGCACAGGAAACCACGCUUGAAAGGCGAAAUGCGUCGCAUAAAUUAAUUUGUCUUCGAUCGAUUCACGAUGUCCGCCGUGCAAUCGUGCGUCUGAAAAAAUUAGAAGGAUGCCAGCCGGUAUUUCGGCUCUGGCGCCGUCGACGGACGCGGGAUCUUUCGAUCAUGAAGCGAAAAAUCCGCCGGCCUUCACGAUCCUACAGAAGGAUGGUCUGGAUUCGAGUCUGCCGCUCUUGCACAUCAACGAGGACGAUGGAAUGAAUCUACCACGACUCACUACCAAUCUCAAGAACAUGAAAAAUACGAUGAAAAAUGAUCUCUACAAUUGUAGGCGCAUCAGCAAAUCCAACGAGCAUCUGCUUCUGGCUAAUCUACAAUCGAAUCAAACCAAUCCUCUGAAAAAGAAGCACCACAGCAAGAGUCAAGAUGGCUUAAACGAGGAAAGACCGCCUAUAAUUAAACCCAGCAUCAUCCUAUCCACGGAGGAUUUUAACGAAAUACUCAACGCAAAAUUAAAGAAGAUACAGGAACAAACUGAGGCCGAACAAGGUCACAAAUCGCCCAAGAAAUCUAUUUCGCCGCAGAAAAAGCCAUUUAUCACAACCGUAAAGACAGGAGAAUUUCUAAUGCCUCCACCGGAAGUGGCGGCCCUACUCGGUAUCGCGCCCAGCGGAAACGACGAGGAGGCGACGGACGGAUGCCCGGUUAAGGGCAGAUUCAAAUCGUUAAUGUCGCUGACCAAGAGACCGGAGGUACGUCACAGUAGUCACAACGCCAGAUGUCCGGCUGCCCUCAAGGCUACCGUGGACUUCUCUCUCGGCAUGAUGAACGCCACUGCCAUCGCCACGGCCUCGACCUUAGACGAGCGGGCGAGAAGAUACAAGAGGAGUGAACCGCCCAGAUUUCCGCAGACGCCGCGAGCUUUACCAAAAAAGUUGGCACCGAUCGAGGGCAUGAUGAAUAUGCUGCCAAGACUCCGCGGGGAACAAUCGAUUCCUUUCGGAAACAUCAUGUUUGAUCGUCGCGUGGCUCGCGGAACUACAUGCGCUCCCGUUCCUGCUCUAAUCGAUGGGGAACAAUCGAUAGCAGCAAGGCAUGCGGAAGCAAGACGAAGACACUUGGUGAGGAAACGUGCUCAGAUGCAAGCUUGCAAAGCAUUCGUUGCGAGGAAGGGUUCACCUCCUCCGGUUCCUGGGAGAAAGCACGAACCAGUGCAAACCGAAAUCUUUCUCGAGGAGCUGAUCGAAAAGCCGGAUGAAUCCGAAGUAGCCACACAAACCGAUUACUUUUUAGAAAAACCGGAACUACCAAGUUAUUGUCCCGACAAGAUUGGUCAAGACGCUUGGACUCAAAUCGAACCAGGAGAGCUAUUUAAUUUUGACAUUGAAGUUCAACCAAUUCUCGAAGUAUUAGUAGGCAAGACUGUCGAACAAGCUUUAAUCGAGGUUUUAGAAGAAGAGGAAAUCGCUUCUCUCAAGGAACAGCAGAGAAGAUUCCACGAAUUGUAUGCUGCUGAGAAAGCUGAAGAGCAACGAUUGGCGGAAGAGGAGAGGAGACGUAGAGAAGAAAAGGAUCGAUACAUGAAACAACAGGAAAAAGAAAUGAAGGCUCAGCAGGAAACCGAGGAACGAGUUGCGGCGGCUGUAUUGUUAACGGGAUACAUUGCUGAACUUUUACCCGCAGUUCUGGAAGGCUUGAAAAUGUCUGGCUACUUAUUGGACGAAAUCAAGGCCGAUGUUGAAGAAGGUUUCAUGCCGUGGUUGAUGAAGGAAGUUAAAAAGGAGAUGGGCAACAUGAUCGAAAGCAGAGAAUUGUUAAUGGAAAUUAUUCGAGAAAUUUUAGAAAAUCGCGCACAGACAUACAGGCAACUCGGUGAAGAAUAUGAUAUUUCAAAGGAAAAAAGACUAAUAAAAAUGGAUGAAUUAGAAGGAGGUGGAACUGACAGCAAUUUCGUGAAUUAUGAAUCUACGAUGGAAAAUUAUAACAUAAUUUAACGUGUCUAGACUGACUUGGAAAUCCAUGAUGCUGCACUAGAGAUUUCAAGACAUUUUAAGAAACUGAUUACAUUUCAAGAUGUAAUUUAUGGUUUGUUGGAGCCAAUCCAAAGAUAUCUCUUUCCAAAACUUUAGUAUAUAUUAAAUAAAUAAAAAUAUAAAAAAAUUUAAGCAAAGCAUAUUUUUCUUAUCAAGUAUUAUUCUCGCUUAUUAAAUUAGAAUAUUUUUUAAUGAUCUUGCGAGAUUUCAAGAUAAAAGCAUCCUAAUCGGUAUUUUAAAAAUCACUGCUAGACUUUAGUAAAUCGAUUUUUAUGGAUUAUCGUUUAAUCCGCAGAUUGAAGAAUUGAAACAGCUGAAGAUAUUUAUCUUACGUCAAAAAUAACAAAUGUGACAUCGUGAAAACAGAACGUGUUCUUGCUAUCACUACUUGGAUUAUUAUUUCAAAUAAUAGAAAUUUUUCGAUACAAAGUACCGAAUGUC